AUGAACCUAAAAGACUAUAUCCGCGAUAUUCCAGACUUCCCACAGCCGGGCAUUCUGUUUCGCGACAUUACCCCUCUCUUGAAAAGCCCUGAGGCCUUCAACUACGCCAUUGAGCAGAUGUCCCAAAAGUGCCAGAACCUGCAGGUGGACGCCAUCGUUGCCGUCGAGUCUCGCGGCUUUAUUUUUGGCGCUCCCCUGGCCUGCCAAAUGGGCAAACCCUUUAUUCCGGUGCGCAAGGAGGGCAAGCUGCCCGGCGAGACCGUUUCAGUGGCGUACACUCUCGAAUAUGGUUCCAAUGUAAUGGAGAUGCACCUGGCUGACGUGAAUGAGGGUGAUCGGGUCCUUAUAGUAGACGACGUGCUAGCCACCGGCGGCACACUGCUGGCAACAACCGAAUUGGUUGAGAAAGCGGGAGGACAGGUCGCCGGCAUUGGUCUGCUGAUCGAGCUGGAGGGUCUGGGCGGGCGCAAUGUCCUGGGACACUACGACAUUUUUUCUCUUAUUCAAUAUUAG